AUGCGUCCCUCCACUUUCGUUGCCGGCCUUGCUGCCGUUGCUGCUCCUGCUUUUGCCCAGAACGCAUCCAUCUGUGACAAGUACACUACUGCUCUCCUCAAGGAGAACACUGGUGCCAACCAAUUGACCCUGUUGACCCUUCUCGUCAACACUGUUGUCAUUGGUAACUACACCAAGCCCAACAUGAACGCUGUCCCCGGUAUCUUGGCCAAGGGUACCUACAACGGAACUGAGGUCAACCUCCUUCCUUACUUCAACGGUGGUCUUGCCUCCUCCAACCGUGGUGGCAGCUCCGGUGUCUCCAUCAACUUCCUUGACGAUGGUGGUGCCGUCCCUCUCACCAUGAACAUGCCUUCCAACGGCACUUCAUCCAACCAGUACAAGCUCAUGACCCACUUGUACCAGUACUUCGGUGCUCUCCUUGGCUGCUCUGCCACCGGCUUCCCCAGCUACGCUGGCUUCGGCUCUCAGGCCGCUGUCCACAGAUUCAUGGACCUCUCUGCUGCAGAGGUCGGCUACUUCAUCCAGCAAGUUGCCCUCGCUGCCACCUCUUUCGGUGUCACCGCCGAUGAUGUCGCUGUUGUCGGCAAGGCCCUCAACACCAUCUUCAACGUCCGCUGCGCUCCCCCCACCACUGUCAUCCCUGCCCAGGGUGCUCAGCUCCAGAGCAUCUGCCAGGACGAGACCUGCCUCCUCGCCCCCAUGGCCACCUGCGCCGCCUACCCUGCCACCAUGAAGCCCGCCAAGUCCAACUCCACCAUGGCUGGCUCCACUGCAUCUUCCAACUCUACCAUGGGUGGCAGCGCUGCUCCCACCUCCUCUAAGCCUGCCUCAUACUCUGGUGCCGCCGCCAAGGUUGGUGCCGGUGCCGCUGGUCUUUUGGCCGCCGCCGUCCUCGCUCUGUAA